GAUCAGCGUAGCGGCAACCGGUAGUGACGCCAGAGAGUGCGUGCUUCACUGCGGCCGUCAAAAUCACGGCGUUCAAGUAAUGCACCUAUUGUUUUAAACAGGACUGUGUUUUUAGAGCGCGCUUGUGUAGUAUGCAGUGCUGUAGAGAGCACUGAGAGCGCUGCAGUAAUUGGUCGCAGUGUCCUGAUCAUUACGUGCCGCGAUAAUAUGGGUCAAAAUCUCUGAAAAGUCAUACAUAUCAAACAGAGAGUAAGAUGGACUAUAGACGCAAGAGGAGACUGACCUUCUUCACUAUAGGACUGAUCUUCUUACUGAGCGGCAUUGAGUACGCUGUGAUUUUGCCCACAAUAUGGAGGUAUCUGCAGACGUUAAAUGCCGCACCGUACUUUCUUGGUCUCAGCCUAUCAGCGUUCAGCUUCAGCGGGCUUCUCGCUGGUCCUUUGUUUGGCUUCUGGUCAGAUCGCACACUCUCCACCAAGAAAAUCAUCCUGUUCGCCAAUGUCUUUGAGAUGGUUGGUAACUUCAUGUAUUUUAUGGGAUACUCCAGAUGGUUAUUGCUCUGCAGUCGUCUAGUUGCAGGUAUUGGCACUGGCGCUGGAUCAUCGAUCUUUGGCUUCUUGACUAGAAAUACAGCCCCUGAGGACCGUUCGACUGUUUUCGCUGCGGUUAUGGCCUGCCGUCAAGCAGGGCUGCUCAUUGGUCCUGCAUUCAAUCUCUUUCUCAGACUCUGUAACUUCCAGAUCGGACCUUUUACAGUGAACAAAUACACUUCCCCUGGGCUCUUCAUGUGCCUGCUGUGGAUCCUCCUUCAGUUUGUAGUCCUGUUCAUGUACUGGGACUUCACUCCUCAAGACGAAACGCGUCAGAGGAACGGAGUGGAGCGGGAGGAGGUGGAACAGGAGGAAGAAGAAGAGGGAAAACCUUUGGUUGGGCCCAACGAGCUCACUGGCUCAUACGGGACGGUCACCAGCGUCCAGUCCAGAGCCUCUUCAGUGGCCAACGGAGACGUGACCCAUGUUUCCCCUCUGCCUUCACUUCCCCUGAGGAGGUCAACUCCAGUCCUUUCAAGAACUUCAGUGCCAGCAGGGACUAUGGUGACUCCUCUGACGCAGAAGUUCUUUAACUUUGGCGAGUUGGAGAACAGCAUCAUGUACUGUGUGUGUGGCGUCGAGGUGAUCGCUGGCUUCCUGUUCGUGCGCUGGUUGAGCAAGCGUGUGGCGGAGCGAGUGGUGCUGGCCGUCGGCCUCAUCCUCUGCAAUAUCUCCUGUGUCUGGUGCUUGAUCUUCCUGGCCAAUCCUCAGGGUGGAUUUGCGUGGCAGCUGGCGGAGUUCAUCAUUGGUGUUUUCCUUCAGGUCCUGGGCCUUCCUUUUGUGGCAGUCGCCCAGGUGUCUCUCUUCUCAAAAAUUACAUCAGAGAAGACGCAAGGAUUCAGUCAGGGGAUUCGGCGCUCUGUCGGAGGACUGGCCACCAUUCUCGGGCCUCUCUGGGCGGGCGGUCUGACCUUUAACCUGUACAUUAUGCUGGGGCUGAUGAUGGGUCUGCUCGCCCUACUCACCAUCAUGAUGGUGGUGUCGUAUGAGCGGCUGGUGGCGCCCGUAACUGUAGACAAUCCCACAGGGACUGAGUCAGAAGACUGACGCAGGUUUGACAUCAACUAGCUUGUGCUGUUGUCGGUGAGCAAGCUGAUACUGAAUCAUUUGACUCAAUAAAUCUUGAGAGAUCGGUCUAGGUUUGACUCACUGACAGAUGUUAAUGCAGCUCCAGCUGAUCAGUGACAAGUGGACAUCAUCUGGAUUCACUGCAGCAACAGAAAUAAAUGCAGUGAGAGGAGACAUCAGGAGUGGGUAAGACCAACAUAACAAGCAGAAUGACAAAAGCAAGCGCGAGGCUGAUGGAUAAAUGAGGUGAAUCUCUGGAUGUCUUCAUCUCUGCUCUGUGUAGAGCUUUGAUCAGGGCAAAGACUCUUUUGAUAAAUGGACGUUUCUGCUAUAUUUCCUAUGGAAGUUCCAGUAAAUGAAAUGUUUUAGGGUUAAGAACGGAAGGCCAAAUCCAUUCAUGUGCGUUAUAAUGUUUUUAUAUUAAUAAAGAGAUUAAUGCAAUUAGUUUAGGACAAUAUAGAUUUGUUGCUGAUUGAUUAUUUAAUAAAAUAGAAUAUUAUUACUUAUGUAUUUUUGAAAUGACGCUUAGGCUGUUUGUGUUAGAAAGCUUUAGGAUUUAUUUCUUUUUUUGUUUUGUUUUUUUUUUUGUUUUGUCUUAAACUUUAUAGGAUUACUGCUACUUUAAAAAAAAAAAAAAAAAAAAUCAUAUUAUACAACCUUAUGCCCAAAGUACCAGGGCUGCAUUAAUAUAAAUUAUAAUUGGGACAAUACAUAACCCCAUUACGUCUCAUUACAUGUGUCUUGCAGCUCUGACUUUUUUUCUCGCAAUUGUUAUUUUUUCUU